AUGGACUCCGACACGUCGCGAUUGAUUACAGACAUCGGCUCCGAACUCUUGUCGCAAAUCAAGGCGGCAAAGGACCGAAGCAUAGAAGCGGAAUGCCGCAUAUUACAGAGCUAUUCCGAGACCCAUGGCGUUGGAUCUUGUCGAGGUGCGCGCUAUCUUCCCCAGUAUUGCCUGGGUGUUGCAUUUACACCUGCUCACCUGUCCCUUCCACAACAGGAUAAGUUGAACAACCACCAGUAUGAUUCGACAGAGGCAUUAGAAGAGGAUUUGGAUCUCAUGGUUGAAAAUGCGCAAUCAUACAACGAAGAUUCCAGCCAGAUUUUUGCCGAUGCGGUGCGCAUCCGAAAGAUGGUCACUGACCUUUUGCCCAAAUUGGUCAAGCAACAUGGUGGCCUUCCAGCAGGGGCAAGAGCAAGCGAAUAUGCGAAAGACAAAGGAUCAUCGCAGGAGGCCUCAGAGGGCGACGAAGAGGAAGAAGAGGAGGACGAGGAGGGGGAUGAGGAGGGGGAUGAGGAGGAGGAACAGGAUGAGGAGACCGAGGAGAGUUUCGAAGGCGAUACCCUCCAACAGGCACAGGAUAAGAUUAUGACAGAGCUGGCACGGCUAAGGGAUGACGAUGGCGAUGAGGUCUCCUAUCCGUUCAUCGGCAAGCCUGAUCGGAAUCUCUAUCGAGAUUACUAUGAGAUCAUCCAGCAUCCUGUGUCUCUCAGAAGUAUUCAAAAGAAAGUCCGCGGCACAGACAUCAGGAACAACCCAACUAAGGUGACCGCGUAUCCAACCUGGCAGGCCUUUGAAGAGGAAGUCAGCUACAUAUGGCGAAAUGCCAGAGAAUACAACGAGGAUGGCAGCGAUAUCAGCAAGCUCGCGGGCAUCUUGGAAGAAUAUUUCCGACGGCGAGUUGCAGAAGCCAAAAAGCUGGUCCCGGAUCCCCCUCAGGUAGAUGGAGACCCCGAUCCGCCUCGCAUCAAACUGAAGAUGGGCUCAAUGACGCCCAACCCAAUGGGCCAAAAGUUGACAUUGAAAAUGUCUGCGCAGAACUCGGACCCGUCCUCGCGAGAUGAUGCACGGCGAGCCGGCGUCACGGUCGAUAACGAAGCGCUGAAACGCCAACAGGACCUUGUCCGAGCGGGAUCUGUCAGUCAAGAGAUCGACGCGCACCGAAUGUCCCCUCGGACGAGACUCCGCAGAGGGUUGGCAAGCCCGGGAUCGAGCACACCAUCCGCCGUAGAGCAAUCGCAGGCCGUUCCUAUGGGAAUUAAGGAUGAUGUGUCGUCCCCGCACGAGAUGUCACAGCCUUAUCUGAAUGUUCCCAUGGGGUAUGCCAGACACUCGCUUCCCGGGCCGGGAGGAUUACCGUAUCACGAGAGUGCGUUUGUCCCAGCCAUAUCAACCCCUUACAUAGUGACCUCUCUGUUAACGAUGCGACUAGAUCAGACACCGUACCAACAGUCCCCCGGCAUGGAUUCUCAUUUGCGACGGCCCGGACAAGGUUCCUCUGCUCUGAUCCAGAAUAUUCAGAUACUCACCCAUCCAACGCUCUCCUUGCCGCAGGACUUUUGCUUGGAUAUCCCUCCGUCGGCCACGGUUGCCCAACAGUCUAUCACGAUCAACCUGCCCUCGUCACAUAACCUGCUGACGGUGCGGCCUACCUUAGCAUCCAGUACGCCGUUGCGACAGAUCAAGCUGGCCACUCUCAUGGGCAUGCAGCGGCUGAACCCGACAUCUGGGGAGGCUACCACACUGAAUUAUGAUAUACAGCUGCCGCCGGGCAUGAGCAAGGUCGACGUAGAAGCCAUUGCAGGACCGGCACGAGGCGUGCCCAAGACCGGCGGAUCAGAGGUCGACUAUGAGCGAGUCAGCAUCUUCUUUAAUGUCUUGCGGUAG